AUGGAACACCAUCCAUUAGAUUCCUUUAAAUAUUGCCCCAAAUGUGGAAAUAAUAAAUUUUUGAUCGAAACAUUUAAAUCCAAGAAAUGUUCAUUAUGUGGAUUUCAUUACUUCUACAAUCCAGCAGCUGCUGUUGGUGUGUUUAUUCUUAAUGAACGUGGUGAAUUACUUGUUGGAAAACGAUCAUUUGAACCAGCAAAAAAUACUUUAGAUUUACCAGGAGGAUUUGUUGAUUUUGGAGAAAAUGGAGAAACUGCUGCAAUAAGGGAAAUUGAAGAAGAAACAGGACUUCAGUUGGAAAUAAAACAGUUAAAAUAUCUCUUUAGUUUACCAAAUGAGUAUAUAUUCAGUGGUUUCAAGGUUUCAACUAUGGACAUGUUUUUUAAAUGUAUUGUCCCUAAUAGUUUGGUUAAAGGAAAAGAUGAUAUUUCUGAAUUGAAGUGGGUUGAUAUCAAAUCACUUGACCCUUCAUUAUUCGGACUACAAAGUAUAUCUCAAGCAGUUAAAAUGUUUAUGAAAUCUUUUUACUGA